UUAAUAUGUCGGUCUGCUUAUGACUCUUAUGUUUGUGUGUGGCUAUUUUGUUUUGAAUCUAUGAUCUUCCUUGUCAAAAAAGAAAGGCAUUAUUAAAGAUAGACACAAAAGAACAAAUUUCCUCCUGUUCCUCGCGCCCCACCUGGACCUUGAUGUUGCACUUCUUCCUCCACAACUGCACCCUGCUCCACUCCACUGGUUCCGGUCUCAGGAGGAUCUUCAGCCAGCAGAGCUGCAGGACAUUUUGAAGCAGAGGCCAUGUUCUGGACAACUGCAACCCUACUGGUCAUCCUGGCUUUUGCCAGGGUCAGCACCUCUCCAAUGUCCGGAGAAAUGACCGAUACAGAUGUUAAUAUUCCUGCGGUGAAAGACGGUUUGAAUUUCGCAGUCGGUGAAUUCAACAAGCAGAGCAAUGAUGUGUACAUCUACAAAGUGGCGAAAGUGAUCAAGGCUACGAGUCAGGUUGUUUCAGGGACCAUGUACAGGUUUGAAGUGGAAAUGGUUAUAUCUGGCUGCAAACCAUCCCCACAGGAGAUGUGUGCCAAGGACAACUCAGAGCUCAAAAAGCCAUACACAUGCUAUUUUGAGGUCUGGAGUCAACCAUGGCUGGGCCCACCCAAGCUUAUGAAGAAUGUCUGCAAACAUUAGAUUUUCUUGAAGAAGCUUCCAUGUCCAGAAAGGUUUUGGAUUGCCGCAUGUAGUCAUAAUCAUUCAGUAUUUUAAUGAAAUGUAGUUUACAUUUAUUUUAACUUACCUACUGACCGCCUUUUUUAUACACUACCAAGUCCAUGUUCAAGUUUUAUUUGUCACAUACAAGUAUAAUGAGUAGUAAAAUGCUUACAUAGGCCUACCUAUACGGCUGUACACACAUGUAUACCACUCACAUACAUUGUUGAUCCUAAACCAACUGUUGACAAUUCUAACCAACCUUUCUCUCAAAAUAAAGGCUUUCUACAUCAUUGGCCUCAA